AUGGAAUCUUUCUCAUUUGCCAUCUCUGCAGACUUGCAGAUUCCAGUCCGAGUGAAGAUAAAUGAACUCGAGGGUUACGAAAAGUCUAUCCCGUUGUCAAAGCUUCUUGAGAAGCCUGAACUUCGACAUAUUGGCUCCAAUACCAGUCCGCAUUCGGAGUUGUAUAUCACAGCUCGUCUUUGGGCUGAUAGCAAGCCGCUCACUAUCGAAGAACGAACACCGUACAAACCUUUCAAGAACAAGCGAGUUUGGAACGAGUGGCUUGUCUUUUCUAUUAACUAUUCCAGCAUUCCCGUAAAUACUCAACUUGCUAUCACGCUGUGGGAUCUAUCACCUGCUGGGGGUGAUGGAUCCAGAGGCCACUACGUGCCCUUUGGCGGAACGACUAUACCAUUGUUUGAUGAUAAGUUCAUGCUGCAAACCGGGCGUCAGACAUGCUACAUACACAGGAUGAAGCCAGCCGAUGGAUUUUCUUCUAGUACCACUCCACAUGUAUUGCCAGCAAGAAAGCAAAGUAAUGGAAUCAGCGCAGCCCAGGAUGACACCGAUGGGGAGACAAUGGAACUAAGCCGAAUCAUGGAGCUGAUGAAGAAACAAGAGCUUGGCGAGCUUCCGGAAGACAAAUGGCUCGACCAGCUUGUGUACCGCAAAGUCGAGAAGAUGCAGACGAGCGUGCUCAAGAAGCGGCUGCAAUUCAAAAAUGUUACCACAGACGGUGGGGUCAACGGGUCUUUGAAAAAUAACUCUUCCUCGCCUACCGGUCGUGAUGGAGGCAUAUAUCAUCUCUACAUCGAAUUUCCGCGCUUCGAUCAUCCAAUUGUUUUCACAGAUAAGGAAUACCCUGCUCCACCUGUCUCUAACAUGAAGGGUUCCAUGCACCAAGACGUUCGGCUCAAACCGCCGCCGGAAGUCUCACUAGGACCGGGUAUAGACGUCGCGAACAAUCCGGGUGAGGACCCGUCGCUCGGUCCCCUAAUAAGAAUCUACGAUCCCGAGUUGGGAUUCAAGAGCAACCCAGUCGAGGACAAGCACAGAGCUUUAAUGCGUGGACAUAGAUCCGCUCUCGUGGACCGUGAUCUAAAGCCAAAUGCGAGAAAUCGAGACGACUUGAACAGGAUCAUGAGCUAUGGAGCAAAUCGACUGUUGACAGACCAAGAAAAGGAUAUGAUUUGGAGAUUUAGACAUUUCUUGACGAGAGAUAAGCGAGCGCUCACGAAGUUUGUGAAGUCCGUCAACUGGGCUGAUCAAAAGGAAGCUCGCGAAGCUUCUCAAAUGUUGCCUAAGUGGACGCCAAUCGAUGUGGACGAUGCGCUUGAGCUGCUAGGACCAAAUUUCGAUCACCCGGCUGUUCGAGCAUAUGCAGUGGACAGACUGCGGCGCUCAAGCGAUGAUGAGCUCUUGAUCUACCUGCUACAACUCGUACAAGCUUUACGCUACGAACGCCGCCAUGACGAUGACAAUAAGGAGGGUGAAGUCAUUCCUGAUUCGUCUCUCGCUUCAUUCUUGAUUGGCCGAGCGGCUCAGAACUUCAAACUAGGAAGCUAUCUGCACUGGUACCUCAUGGUCGAGUUUGAAGAUCGUAGUCCCCAGCAAGACGCACAGCGUGAGCUCUUCGGACGAGUGGAGUUCGACUUCAUGAACGAGCUUGUCAAGACCGCAGAAGGAGAACAGUAUCGCAAGUUUCUACUCAAGCAGGGCGAAAUGAUCAAAAUCCUCUCCAAAAUUGCUGGCGAGCUGCGCGACUCGCGGCAGACAAGAGAGAAGAAGAUAGCGAGGCUGAAGCAAUUUCUUGCAGAUCCCAAAAACGAGCUUGUGACUAUUGAUCCUCCGGUGCCACUGUUUCUGGACCCAAGUGUGUCUGUUGUGGGCUGUUAUCCCGAGGAAGCCAACGUUUUUAAGUCCUCCCUGAGUCCACUCAAGCUGGUUUGGAAGACGUCUAUUGGAACGAAGUAUCAUAUGAUAUUCAAAGUUGGUGAUGACUUGAGACAGGAUCAGUUGGUGAUUCAAACCAUUAUGCUUAUGGACAAACUCUUGAAGAAUGAGAACCUCGACCUCAAGCUUACACCGUACCAUAUCCUAGCCACUUCUCCUGUUGCUGGUGCGGUGGAAUUUGUACCCUCCACGCCGCUUUCUGAAGUCGACAGAACUGAUAGAUCAAUCCUCAACUUCCUAAGGCGGCACAAUCCAGAUCCAAAUGCACCUCUAGGCGUUCGCAAGGAGACGAUGGACACUUACGUAAAGUCGUGCGCUGGCUACUGUGUUAUCACGUAUAUUCUAGGUAUUGGAGAUCGACAUCUCGACAACCUACUCCUCACUCCAAAUGGUAACUUCUUCCACGCCGAUUUUGGCUACAUCCUUGGCCGCGAUCCCAAACCAUUCGCUCCGCUCAUGAAACUUUCCACACAGAUGGUAGAUGGAAUGGGAGGCCCGGACCAUGAAAACUUUAGACAAUUUCGUCAGCACUGUGCAACUGCUUACCUAGCUUUGCGGAAGAGUGCCAAUCUUAUACUCAAUUUGUUUGCGCUCAUGACAGAGUCAAAUGUUCAGGAUAUUAGAAACGAGCCAGACAAAGCAGUAUGGAAGGUGGAAGAGCGACUACAGCUUGAAAAGGAAGAUAUGGAGGCUACAGCUCACUUCGAGUGGCUGAUCGACACAGUGAGAGUAGCCUGGGCGCCGAAAGUUAUCGAUACUUUCCAUACGUUCACGCAACAAUUGAGAGGAUGA